CGUCACCGGCAGUCAAAGCAGUAAGAUGCAAAGAUGCAAGUCGCCGCCCCACAGACACAAUUCGACACCGUAGCGACACCGAGGCACGCGCACCCGCACGCGUUCCAGCUGAGUGAGCAUGUUGGUUAGAUUGGCCGCCCCCGUUUUCUACCGGUCUCUACACGGGAUCUGUCGCAGGGCUUUGGAGCCGAUAUUUCUGGGACAAUGGGUCGAGUGGUCAUUGCACAAUUUUUCGAUGGCGUAGGACCGCUAAGGUAGGGAACGCUCCUAACCACAUUCCUGCUAUAAAUCACACCUCACCGAUCCGAACAGCAUACAUUUGCAUACGGUGCGUCGAGUGCGACAGUAAAACAACGCCAGCGAAAGACAUUAACAACAAAACACAAAAGCAUUCAGUGAAAUACCGAAAGUUUCAAGUGUCCAAGACUAGUGGCGAUGUGUCGUGCGGAAAACUUCAUUCUGGUUGCAGUGCUGCUGGUGGAAUGUUCCGGUUUGCACAUGUACCCGGAAAUAUUCGAUCCGGCAAAGUUCCUGCAACGUCCACUGCCGCUGAAAAGUGUCGAAAGCCGGGCAGUUGCUGAGCCCGAGUUCCACUCCGAUGGCGGGUUUAAGGAUGGCGAGGUCGGAUUCGUACGGUCGACGAGUGAAUCGGGCAAGGGCGGCUACCGGCACAAGGAAAACUUCCACAAGAAGGACGGUAACAAGUACGGGCACGAGCGACAGACGGGGUUCGGUGAGUCCAAGCGCACGGAAGACGACCAGCCAAAAGAACACGGCCGGUUGACAGUGGACACGCAUCACUACCGGCCAGAACCUACCUACGAAGUCAUCGAGGAACAUGACAGUGACGUCGAGAACCCUGAUAAGAACAAAAAGUACGGGCUCAGCAACGCCGCCAACAAGAACAAGAAAAAACCCACCGACGAAAAGCCCACCAAGAGCGCCAAGUCAUCGCGUCAGAUGGCCGCGGGAAAGAAGGGUUCGAAUCAGAAGCAAAACCACAACGGCUACGAAUCGAUCGUUUACCACGAGAACGAGCGCGACAGUACGGAGCAUGGCUAUGGUAAGAAGAAAGCCGUCGGUAAGAUCCCGGAAGCUCAGAAACCGGCCAAACAAAUUGCACAAGACGAUCACGACGAGGCGUUCGAGGAGGGCGGCUUAGAAUCGGCCGAACGGCAGACGUCCGGCGAUGACCACGCGCACGAGUACGACAGUGAGUCGGAAGCGGAAGCUGAACGGGAAUCCGACUUUAACGAAAACUAUGACGCGUUGCGGUUCGAGGCGGACUUUGACCGGUCCUUUGCCGAUGGGGAAGACCAUCACCACGAUGACGAUGAUGGUGGAAAAGGUGGACGGCAGGCGGAGAAGAACGAUGAUGAUUACGAUUACGCGGACGAUGAUCGGGACGAUGAGGAUGAUUCUGCCGAUGAGGAUAAGUACCGGGGGGACGAUGAUUCUGGGGAGGAAGAGGAGGGCGAGGGAUCGGAGAAAGGGGACGACGAUCGGCAGUAUGAGUACGCCAGUGAGGCUGACGGGGAUGCGCAAGACUACUGAAGGUUUUCGUAGGUGAUUAAGAUUAGCGGCUAGUUAACGAGAUACCUCGAUGCGUAGUGCAAAUAUGUCGUAAUAAAUCCAAUUUGAUGAUACUGUUAUUACUAUAAACCUGUGCUGGGUAAGGUUCGCUAUGGAAGAUGAAGAUCCGAAUGCAUGCAAUUUAACGUUGGAAACCCAUCAUCAACCCUCUCAAGCUUACGCAUUUCCACCACACGAUCAAGUUUUGCUAUAAAAUCGAUCGCUUUGAACGACGCUGCUCAAUCAGUGAGCUUUACACGGAAGCUUUAUCGCGUAGAGUUCAUUCGCGGUGUUCAUGAUCAGCAAGCUUUUGCAGUGUGCAGCAUUCAUUCGCUUCUGAUCAAAUUGCAGGGUUCGCUUCGUUUUUAUUUUCUGAAUCUUUCUUCUUUUUUCAUUUAAAAUAGCAAUAUCUUCUUUGUUGAUCUAAAAAGAAAAAGUAAGUUCCUAAAGUAUUAAAAAAAUAAAACUAUGAGUUGAGUAUCCAAUCCGAAUUAUUCUUACCAAAAAAAA